AUGAUGGAAUUCUCAUUACCUGACCCCACAAAGAAACAACGUCAAGAUCAACAACUCGUUAAACUUUUCAAAAGUAUUGAUGCGAACUGCGUAACGACCGGUCAGAAAUCAAUUAAAAAAUCGCCAUAUUCGUUACAUUCCGAGAAAGGUUCGUUGAACACCAAAGAUAAGAUGGCUUCUGACUGCACAAUCGAAUAUUUAGCUGAGUUGAUGCAAGAGAAACGCCAGCUAGAAGUAUUUCCACAUUUGUUCCCAAACAUUGAGCGUCUUAUUGAUGAUGAGAUUGCUCACAUACGUGUGGUUUUGUUUCAAUGGGAUUUUUCAAUUGAAAAAGCGAAUCUACCUGAUCCCGAAGGAGAUCCGAUCAUCGUUCAAGAGAAAGUUUAUGUUCCGUCUAAGGAACAUCCUGAUUACAAUUUCAUAGGACGCAUUCUCGGACCUCGUGGAAUGACUGCCAAGCAACUCGCACAAGAGACGGGAUGCAAAAUUAUGGUCAGAGGUCGUGGAUCGAUGCGCGAUAGUCGCAAGGAAGAACAAAAUCGCGGUAAACCGAACUGGGAACAUCUGAAUGAAGAUUUGCACGUUGUAGUCCAAUGUGAGGAUACGCCAAAUCGUGUUCAUAUGAAACUGAAGACCGGUGUUGAGCAAAUUAAGAAGCUUCUCGUCCCUUCGCCUGAGGAUACCGACGAUUUGAAACGCAAACAGUUGAUGGAAUUAGCCAUUAUUAAUGGUACAUAUAAACCAGCUAGCAAAUGCGCGUCACAAGGUGUACAUGUGCUCGCAACACCAGUGACUCUCGUUUCACCGAUGCAUCGUUCAUCACCAAUCACUGUUCCAACUCGUCAGUUCUUUGUAUCACCCGUUGGUAGUCCGAUUGCAUCUGCUGAGAACGUCACUUCCUCUACAUCUCUUCAUCCGUUUGUCCAGUCACCAAACUAUGAAUACAACAUGUUCUUGAGUCAAAUUCCAUAUGAAACAUCGUUAGCAGCACUAUCGCUGAAUGGUGAAUAUCAGUCGCCGUAUACGACUGCACCAGUCAAUGGAGCGUCGCUAAUGAAUGCAACGCCAUUACCAAAAUCACUGCAGCCAUACUUUAUCGAUUCAACCACCAUCACACCACCUGCGUCUACUGGCUCAGACCAUCGUUGA